UGUAGACAUGCUAAGACGUUGUGUGGGGACAUUGUGUAGAGAUAGACUGAGCUCAGACACUUCAGAGCAAAGAUGAGAUCACUCUUUUUUAUUUUACUGCUGGCUGUUGGUUGUGGUGUGGCUGUGGGUCUGACUAGAGAAUAUAUUUUUAUUCAAUUCUACUAUACUUUUGAUUCUGCUCAGUUAUACUGCAGACAAUAUUACAGAGAUCUGGCCACCAUCACCUCUAAUGAAGAAAAUAAACGACUUUUAGAAUCAGGACCCGGUUUAUAUGACAAUUGGAUUGGGCUGUACAAGCCCUUCACCACCUGGAGAUGGUCUAAUGGAGAUCCCUGUCUUUUUCAAAAAUGGGAAUCAGGAUCACCUUCAAAAAAAAAAGGUGAAGACUGUGCUUUCAUAUAUGACACUGGAUUGUGGUCAAAUAGACUAUGUACGGAAACGGACACUUUCUUCUGUGAUCGGUUCCUGAUCCUGGUGAAGGAGAAGAAGACCUGGGAAGAGGCUCAGGAGUUCUGCAGGACUAAUUACACUGGUUUGGCCUCUGUGACCUCCGAGUGGAGCCUGAAGCAGCUGAAUCUAGAGACGGUGGGGACAGAGACAGAGAGCGUGUGGACCGGCCUGCGCUUCAUGGAUGGAAAAUGGUUCUGGGUGAACGGGGAGCAGCUGGGGAGCCUGGUCUCAAUACCUUCAUGUCCAGUUCAAUCUUACCGCUGUGGAGCUCUCAACACCAAAACAAACAACAUGAAGAACCAGAACUGCAACGAGAAACUGAACUUUGUCUGCUACUGGCUGUGAUUUUACACAAGUACACAUCUCCUUCAGGAAGAUUAUACUGUAUACUGCAUCACACAAUGUAAUCAUCUAUUAUUUAAUAUUAUUAGCUUUCUUUACUAAUGUUUAAUUUGGUUUUAGUUUUAGGUUCUGAUAGAAGAACUGAACAGCUGAGGAGGUUAUUUGUUGGUGGAGGGUCAGAGUUCAUAAUAAUGUACAAAUUUACACUCAUUAUAAAGUUUAUUACACCUUUAUUACUGUUUAAGCCAUCAGUCAAUAAGGAGAAAACUGUAUAUUCUUCAGUAAAAUAUGUGACACAAAAUGUUUCUCAUUUAAAAAUACUGAUAUUUGGAUUAAUAUUUUGACUUUAAUUCUAAAUAUGUAUUAAUGUGUACAUAAUUUUUGACAAUGAUAUGCAAAUCACACAACAUCAAAAUGAUUGUUCCUGAAUGCCACUGUUUUGUUUAAUAGGUCUGAAUGCUUUGAUUGUUUAUAGUUUGUAUUUUUUAAAUCCUUGUUUUCCUGAUAUUUGUCACCUAUUAUCUUUUUUUGUAAAUUGAUAUAUUUUCAUUUAAAAAUUCCUGCCCAGUGUAGAAUACAAAUAAAUUUAGAAUUAAAAGAAAUUGUUUGAGUCAAUGUCAAUGUUCUGGUGGACAUGCGUGUAUUACAGGCAUAAUAAUCGUAUGUGAUAUAUUUAUCUAUAGAUUUCUGUUUAUCUGUUUAAGGACAAAUAGUUAAUUAUUUUUCCUUUAGUUAGCCUAUUUUAAUGUUAUUUAACCUUAAAGAUUUAAUGCUAUCUAACUAUUAACUAAUAUUUUUACUUUGGUACUUUCACUGCAGCAUCUUGUCUAUUUGUUUAUCUCCAUAGCCACACUUUUGUGCUUCUCUUGCAUUUGAAUGUUUUUGCAUGCUUGCAUUCUCAACUGAUGUAGGAUGUGAAGACAUUCAUGCAUGACCUCAGAACUGACCUAAAAGAUUUGAGCUGGUUUUAUUAUUAGACUUAAUAAAGAGGUUUUGGUCCACUGAU